AUGUACCAUCAACUGAGCCGAGUUACAGGCAGGCUUGUCGCCUCUACUCAUCUGCAGAGCCCACUAUUUCCAGUUGCACCAAUUGCCUUGCAACGGGUGGAGGCUCCAGUUAUCCAAUACAACACGUCUCAUAUGUCCACUGUUACUGAACAAGCAUGCCCCGCUGGCCCUAAGCGUAUGAUGCCCGGCACCAACGUCCCUUACCCUCCUCUCAGUGACAAAAUCAAGCAGCGCCAGGCUCAGUUCCAGAAAGAGGAUGAUGUGCCGGUAUUCUUGAAGGGAGGUCCAUUUGAUGCGGUGCUGUACCGUUUCACAAUGCUCCUCUGUGUUGUCGGUUUGGGUGGUAUCGCCCACACAAUCUACUCUCACGCUGUACCCAAGAACUAA